AGAUCAACUUAUAAAACACCACAAUCUAGUAUUCAUUUCGAAAAGAAAAAACUAUUAUUAUUAUCUACUAUUAUGGUCUUGUUUGUAAACGUUGCUGCCUUGAUCAUGGUCACGAUCGCAGCCAAAUCUCAAGUUGCACACGCCAGUCCCCAUCCCCAAAACCCAUCUGCCGAUUCCGUCGCCCCUGCCUCCACUGCCGCCGAGGACCCUAAUGCACAGCUGCAGUCCCAGCAAGCAGCGCACACACCCGGCGAAGAGUGCGACGAAACCAAAGACCGCACAGCAUGCGCCAACGAAUCCUCACUUCUUUUCUGUAGCAACAAUCAAUGGAUGGAAUUCUCCGCCUGUAGUCCUGGCACUGUCUGUAAGGAUGGUAUGUGCGUGCACCCCGGUACCGAAAGCACUGAAGGUACUGAAAGCACUGCUGAAAGCCAAGCUGAUAAUUCUGAGGUUGGUGGGGCUGAAAAUACCGAUGCCACUUCUUCGAAUCCAUCCCAGCAGUCGCCUAGCGACGCCCAAACUGGAGGGGGAGAGGCUACUGAUGGUGCGGCUACCGCGGAUCAAAGUGCAUCAUCCCCGGCCGAAGCCGAGUCCACCCCAGAGUCCGCCGAAGGCGAUAGCAGCAGCACUGAUGGCGGCAGCGGGAGCGGCGACACCAGCAGUGGCGAUAGCGGAGAGCACUUUGGCAUCACCUGCGACAAGUUCAGCAAAGCCGUAACCGAAGGUGGCAAGGCAAUCAGCCUCGAUUACCCUGCACCCACCGACUCCCAAUGCCAGUCAUUCCUCAAUGGCAUGGUUUCCCGUGGCUCAAUCGCAUCUGCCCGCGAAGCCGCCAUGUUCCUCUCCAAUAUUAUCUGGGAAUCCGACGGCCUGCGAGCCAAGGAAGAGUACGCCUGCGCGGAUCUCCCCGACUGGUGUGCCCAAAACUACGCCACCCCCGAAGACGUCCAGGGCAAGACUUAUUGGGGUCGCGGAUAUAUUCAACUCUCCUGGCAUUAUAACUACCUUGCUGCGUCAGAGGGGCUUUUUGGAGAUGAUCGAUUGGCUAAGGACCCGGAUCAGGUUGCGAAGGAUGAGGAUUUGGCCUGGGCUGUUAGCUUCUGGUUCUGGAAGGAUAGGGUGCGCUCGGAUCCCGGUGUGUUGAAGGGUGAAUUUGGCGCCUCUAUCAAUAUGAUUAACGGUGCGUUGGAGUGCAAGGGUGGUGCGCAGGAUAAGGCCAAGAAGAGGUUCGAGAUGUACAAGGUUAUAUUGCCCAUUUUUGCUCCUGAUGAGACGCCCAAUGAGUCCGGGUGCUACAACUAAAAUGCCUGCUGUAUAUUUUUUUCCUGGACUGCGUUCUGCCUUUACACCAGGGUAACAUUGUCGACAAUGUGAGCAAAAAUUACAUUGUACCGUUUUUCUUUUCUAUGUUCUCAUUUUUUC